GAAAGGAAAACUCCUCGGUUUUCUAAAAAUUAAACUCCUUGGAUUAAGUGCUGGAUUAGACCCCACUAAUAAACAAAUAUAAACCUAAUCAUCCAUCAAUCUUCACUCACUCAAUCGCUGACAAAUAUGUGAAAUUGAUCUGAUCAUCUCUGUUCACAUGCUAGAGUUCUGGCCUUUCACUUGUCAAGCAAGGUCCAAGAAGAGCAUCAGCAAAGUAAAACUUUGAGAAACUAGCUAGGGGAAAAAUUAUUAAGAUGCUUGAGACCGUGAAAUACCUCAUUGGCACCGUCGGGGAGAGCGGCUACGGCUCCAAGUCCACUGCCGACCAAGUUACUGAGAGCUGCCCCGAUCUGCGCUCCAUCACGGCCAUCGUCACAGGCUCUACGUCUGGGAUCGGAGCCGAGACGGCUCGUGUUCUGGCCAAGCGAGGGGCGAGGCUGGUCCUCCCAGCGCGGAACCUCGAGGCUGCCGAGGACGUCAAGGCCCGUAUCGUGUCGGAAUGUCCCGAGUCCGAGAUCGUUGUCAUGUCUCUCGAUCUUAGCUCUCUUGGUUCUGUCCGAAACUUUGUCUCCGAGUUUGAGUCCCUCGAUUUGCCUCUCAAUCUCCUCGUAAACAACGCAGGCAAGUUUGCUCACGAGCACGCAAUUUCUGAAGACGGAAUUGAAAUUACAUUCGCCACAAAUUAUUUAGGUCAUUUUCUGUUGACAAAGCUGUUGCUGAACAGGAUGAUAGAGACGGCGAAGAAGACCGGCGUUCAAGGCCGGAUAGUGAACGUGUCCUCGGGCAUUCACGGCUGGUUUUCCGGUGACACGAUCGGAUAUCUUGGCCUGAUAACCGGAAACAAAAGCCGUUACGACGCGACACGUGCUUAUGCGCUUUCGAAGCUCGCCAACGUUUUGCACACCAAGGAACUUGCUCGGAGACUGGAGAAAAUGGAGGCCAACGUGACAGUGAAUUGUGUUCAUCCUGGAAUAGCGAGAACCAGACUUACUAGAGAACUUGAAGGCAGCCUUUUCACAGAUUUGAGUUUCUUCUUGGCUUCAAAGCUCCUGAAGACAAUUCCUCAGGCUGCUGCUACCGCUUGUUACGUUGGGACUCAUCCGAGGCUGCUAAACGUGUCGGGGAAGUACUUUGUGGACUGCAACGAAGCUUCCACGUCGGAACUGGGAUCCAACUCAGCCGAAGCUGAACGGCUAUGGUCUGCUUCUGAAAUCAUGGUUUCUAAAGACCCAAAAGCAGUGUUUGAUCAACGCCUUAGUUUAAAAUAAGAUAAAAGUAGAGACGAUGCAUGAUCAUUAAGAAAAGGAGAUCAGAAGAUCACGAAGAAGAAGAUGAUGAUGAUGAAGAAGAUACACACUAAAUCUGCCAUAUAUAUAUAUACACACACAUGUUGUAUACAGCUAUGAGUUGCGAAGAUAAUUAAAUACGAUGCUUUGUGCGCUAAAGAUAUAUAUAUAUAUAUAUAUAUAGACGUAUAUAUAUACAUGAUGAUAAGUCUUAUAAGCUUGUUUAGGUUUUUAAAAUGGGUCUGGGCAAGUAGAUUAAUUAGAUUGCUAUGAUGAUAUGAUGAUCAUGGGAUUGCAGCUAUGUUUACUCCAUUGGUGGUUUCGUUUGGGAAGGAAAGUGCUUGGUAUUUAUAAGUUGGUAACGCCCAUAGUUUGUAUCAAUAAUAAAUAGAUAUAUAGGACAUGACAUCGACAUAUAUGGUUUGUUUCUCUGAA